AUGGGGAGGCCUUGCUGUUACAAAAAGAAGCUGAGGAAAGGCCUUUGGUCCCCUGAGGAAGAUGAGAAACUUAUAAAUCAUGUAACUAAAUAUGGUCAUGGUUGUUGGAGUUCAGUCCCUAAACUAGCAGCUCUUCAGAGGUGUGGAAAGAGCUGCAGACUUAGGUGGAUUAACUACUUGAGACCUGACCUCAAAAGAGGAACAUUCUCACAACAAGAAGAGAAUUUGAUCAUUCAACUUCAUUCACUUUUAGGGAACAAGUGGUCUCAGAUUGCUUCUAGAUUACCUGGAAGAACCGACAAUGAAAUCAAGAACUUAUGGAACUCUUCUAUUAAGAAGAAACUAAGGCAAAAAGGGAUUGAUCCAAACACUCAUAAACUUCUAUCCGUAGUUGAGAAUGAAGAGAAGGUAUCAGCAAUCAGUAUGAAUAUUGAGAAAGUCUCUGAAGGCUCAAGUGAACUGAAUUUUAUUGAGGAUUCCAACUACGGAAUUAAAUCAAAGUCAUCUUUAGUGACAAUGACUAUGGACGACUAUCCUAGUAAUACGACUACUUCUGCAGCGCCACUAACACACAAAUUCUUUCUUGAAAGGUUUGUUACCACACACGAAACCUCCACCGCUAGCUGCAAUAAGCCUCUUGAUCAGUUGACAAGUUACCUCUCCUUUCAGCAAUUGAAUUAUGGUUCAAACAUUGGCUUGUCCAUAAAUUCAAACACCAACAAUCUCCUUUUAAACUCCAAGAAUUCAGAAAUGUUUACUCAUCAGUUCAAUUCCAGCAUCACAAAUGAUAAUAUUCUGACAUCUCCAAUAGCAGCAAUAGCAAGUAAUGAUUCAAUGCGCAAUGGAAGUAGUACUAGUAUUGAAUUGCAAAGGAACUCUUCUUUCUUUGAUAGCAAUGCCUUCUCCUGGGGAACUGCAGAUUAUGAUAAAUCAGAAAAAGAAGUCAAUAUUCAUCCCUCCGUACCUGAUCCUGAAGACAUCAAAUGGUCUGAAUAUCUCCAUACACAACUUUUACCAGGCAAUGCAAUCACCAAUGAUCAAAUAACUCAAGAUUUAUACAGUGCAAAAUCAAGCAUACAAUUCACAACACAAGGUUCAUUGCUACAGAACCAACAACAACAGCCUUCUUUACAAACUGCAAACACAUACAAUAAGCACUAUCAGAGAAUUUAAGAUUCCUUUGGACAGUUUUCAUAGCCUAUUUUUGUGUAUGCUUUGAAUUGAAUGGUUAAUACAUUAUUUCCCUUUGUAA